AUGCACAUAGAACUUGGCGACCGCAGGAACAGUAGGACAUUGGAUGUUCCAGAAGAAAUGCUGAAGAGUGCUGAAAGACUAGGUGAAACUCUGGAAAGAAGGGGAGAAAGACAAGAAGAGGAACCAACAGGAGAGCCUUCUCCUAAAAGACCAAGAGGAAGACCUAAAGGAAGCAAAAACAAGAGUCCAUCUAAAGCAGCUCAAAAGAAAGCAGAAGCCACUGGAGAAAAACGACCAAGAGGCCGGCCCAGGAAAUGGCCACAACAGGUUGUCCAGAAGAAGCCAGCUCAGGAACAGACUGGAGAAACGUCCUCACAAGAAUCUGCAGAAGAUGAUUAGAAAACCACACCUCGCAAUUUCUACCUCAUCAGCAGUUGGGUCUUUUGAAGGGAGAAGACACUGCCUUGACCACUUACUUCUGUUGCCGCAAUCCUUCUACUUUGGCCUGGAGGGGGGGAGGGAAACCACAUAACCUUAAAAAGGACUUAUUAAUCACCAUUGUUGUAAUCCCUUCACUGUCCCAGGUUUAGUGAAACUGCUGUAACACAGGGGGACACGGAUUAAUGAUGCAACAUUUAAUUACUGUUUCUCUUAUUUUUCUUUAACCUACUAAUAGUUUGUUUGAGCUGCUAAGUAAGGGUGAAUGGGUCAGUAAAUAUCUGAACCAGGUCUUAAGUCAUUCAUGCACUGCGUAUAAAUAAUAAUUUUGUAAAAUAUUGAUUAUAAUGGGCAUUCAAAUAGGAAGGCGGUGUUUGACACUAGCCCUUACAACACCUCUGAUCACCCACUCCCUCACUUAGUAAACUCCCUGUUUAGAACACCAAAGAUAAGGAUUAGAUACUACUCUUUUUAUAGCCUUGUUCUAGAUCUAUGCUUGAUUUUUUUAAAUAUUUUCUUUCAAAAUACAUUGAAGGCUGGUUUUUCUUUGUUUAAUUCAGCUGAUGUAUAGGAAACAGAAACCACAAGAAAAAGGUACUUUGCAAAAAAAAAAAGGGAAGUGACAAAGAUACAUUGUAUAUUUAGUAAUACACAUAUAUCUGCAGAAGUAUAACUAAACAGAACUCAACUGGACUCCUCUCUGGGAACACACUCAUAUCCACUCAGGUAGAAUUUGCUUUCUGGAGAGCCUCAUAUUGCUUAGAAAUUACUAAGAUGACCCUCUCUCAAGACAGAGAUUUAACAUCUUAAAAUUUCAGUUCUUCUGUGAACUUGGAAUAAUACUCCAGAUCAUAAUGGCACCAAGGGAAAAGAUUCAAAUUCUCAGUGAACUUAACCUAGUACUGUCAGUACAUUUCAUUGUUUCUAGGCAAAUGGAUCUUUUUUACUUUACUCACAUCUCAGUGCAAGAGCCAAUACCAUGUACCUCAAGUGAUCUUGUUAUCAUGUUUAAGCAAUAUACAUUGACAUAGGGUGGUUUGCUGGGCAGCUAUAUCACAGUCAUGUGCCCCCAUCUUUUUUCACUCAAAGCAGCACUUUUAGCAACAAAUGCAAUAUUACCCCACUUUUCAAUACUACCUCUGAUAUUUUGACAUUAAACUCAACAAGUCAUAUAAACACUUGCUGCUAUGAUCAUACAAUGCAGGAAAUUGUUCUUGAAGAGGUAAUUAUGCAUUUCUGCAUUUUCCCUUCAUUCUAUUUUUGUCACCUAGUUGCAGUUAAGGACAUAAGAUCUUUAAUAUUUUACAGCGAUAACUAUGUAUUUUUCCUUUUUUUUAAAAAAAGUACUAUGCCUUUUCUCUGCUAAAUUUCUAUGUAAUGUACCAUUAACUUGAAUAUAUUUUUUUACCGAAUUACUCAUAAAGUUUGUAGGGAUAAUUUUCACCAGUGACACUACAUGACAUAAAAAUAACUAACUGCAAUGUUUAAAUAUUACUGUCCAAGUUUGUACCUCAAAUUUAAAAAAAAAUGGACUAGUUGAUUGACAAAGACCUACCUCUAGACUAUAAAUGGAAUGAACUUGUUGUUUCUUUCAGCAUUAGUUUUUGAGAAGAUUGAAACAUUUAGGACUGCAACAACAACAAAAUCCCUUAUCAGAAUAUUUUUGUAAAAGAACUUUGUGGGGAAUUAACAUAUAUUAAUUACUUUCAUAUUAAAAACAACCCUUCAAAGAAACUUGAAUCUUUGUAGGUGGAAAGCAACAAGCUCAGCUCUUUGCAUAAUGCAAUCACAAAUAUUUUUGUGUGUUUAAAAAAACUAAUAGAUUGUGUGAGAAUACUUGUCAAGUAUUUUCAUAUAUUUUUCACAAAUGUGAUUUUUUUAGUAAUAUGUGUCAACCAGAUUUAUUUUAAAUGCUUCUUAUGUAGAGUUUGUUUAAUACUCUAUCUACUCCACCCUUCCUUCUCUUUUUCUUUCUCUCUGUCUCACAUGCAGACAAUAUGUGUACUUGUUAACAUUGUUUUCCUGUUUGGGCCAGGGGUAGUUUCUCAGGAAAGCUUUUCCUCAGUAUGAAUUUUAGUACUUAGCCAAAUGCAACUAAGGAAAACUACUUACUGGCUGCUUCACAACAGAGAAUACUAAGAAACAAGCAUCUCCUUGAAUAAUGAGACUAUCAUUGUGAAUUGCUAAAAAGAAAGUACAUCUUAGGCAUCCUAUUUCACAACAGCUGCUUAUGGACUUUAGUUAUGUUCAUGGAAGCCAUUACCAGUAAUCCAAAGCAGGGUGCACAGGAGGGUUCUUCUUCGUGGUUUCUGUGAAUGUGCACAAUUGGGUUGUUCUGCACAUUCACAGAGGACCACUAGAAGAACUAUGGUUACAGGUAGGUAACCUCUCUUUUCCAGCUCACCCUUCCAGAGGCAGCAGCUUGAAUCCCACCCCAUCUUCCAAGCAGGAUGCAAAGCCUUCCACUUGCAGCAUUGUAUUAAGCACAAAGCAUUAUUGUUGAAUGAAAAUACCUAGCUGACUAAUAGGGACACUUGUCAGGACUCUGAACUUCCAUAUUAACUAUGCCGCAGGGUUUGAAGAUGCAAAUGCCAUGCUCCCAAGUUUCAGGUGUGCAUGCAAGUUCCAUUCCGGAAGGGGUGGUAUGUCAUUCUCAUCAUUUUUAGUGAGUGUUAUAAAUACAAUGAGAAUUCCUUACUCUGUAUGUUGGAAUAUUCCCUAAGUCAUUAGGACACCCUUUCCUGCAUGGAACUCCAUGUUUAUACAUUUGUAUGCUCUGUUACUGGAGCUGCUGAAUCAGUUUAAGAGCUUGAGAUGAAACCAAUAUUGAUCCACGUGAGUCAGACAUAAAACUCCAAGGACUCGUAACUCUGAUCAAAUUAUAAAUCUUGUAUUUUCUGUUUAUUGUAGAACAAUCAAAACACAUUACUACCUCUCAGAGUCUUCUAUACCUCAUUUUUCAGGCUAAAAAGGCUUGUGGCCACUGAAACAGAAAGAACAUCAUAAAAUUUUUUAUAUAUAUAGUUUAUUUUUGUGGGAGAUAAAUUUUAUAGGACUGUUCUUUGCUGUCACUGUCACUGCUAAAUAAGACUGGACAUUAACUUUUCUGGCAUUUCUGCAAGAUAGGUAUGCUUGCAGAAGAAAAGUAUCAAGAUGUAUAACUACCAUUUACUUCUUCCUAUUUUACUUGCCUGCCUCCUAGCUCUUUGCUUUGUUAUUCAUAUAGAGUUGCUGUCUAUGAUUGUACUUUGAAUUGCUUGCUUAUUGAACAUGUUCCUUUAAUGGAUUAUUCCCGUAUGUUCAGCACAAUAAACAUAAUAGCCUCUGUAAUCCUAAUGUUACUUGAUUCCUCGUGUUCUGUCACAGCUCCAAGAAAUAAGCAAUAAA